UCCUAACAGGAACAGCGAUGCCUUGACUCGGCAUUGCCUGGCACGUUUUUCCGUGGCACGUGUUUCUAUAUUACAUAACGUGGACAUGCCCUCCCAAAGGGCACCAAGCUAUACAGAGAGCCCUGGCAUCAAGGCAAAUUAUCAAAGAGCAUCCCCAGGCACCUAUCAAAGGCUUAUGCUGUAGUCUUCGCAGCGGGACUAAAAUUUGAAUUAUUGUGGUAGAAUUUUGAGUGUCACAGCAUGUAGCUGGCAAUGGCAGAAAAAAAAAAACAUUUUAGAGCUACAGUCAUACUUAAGGUUUCCACGGAUCAGAUACGCGCAAAUUACGCACGCAGUGUGCCACUUAAGACAACAAAGCUCAAAUAAAAUGAAUCCAUCCAUUCUCCCAUUCUCGUGGAGGGGACAUCUUGAGCCGGUGACGCCGCACUUUGUAGUUGUUCCCAUUAUUAUUGUCCCAGAACUCUUGUCCUCCGACGCAGUAUUUAAUUGCAAACUGAAACGUGCCUCCGUUGUCUAGGUAAGUAGGCAUGACGAUCUUGAAACGGAACUUAUCGGUGUCGCCGUUGCUUGACUCAGGGACGUAGGAAGCCAGACUGUCCAUAAAUGUUAUCCAGUUGUUAAGGGAAUACCGCAAAGAGACGCUCUUUUCAAAAGCCAGGUUUAACACGCGCACAACCCCGGAAAGGUUGUAUUCAUCUGCCUCCACUGUCUCUAACAAGACUCUCACCUCCCUCACUCUCAGCUCAAAGUCGGGUAGUGUGCCUGGGUUGGUGAAUUGCAACUCCAUGAACACAGGCUGCGCAGGAGUACGUGGGAACUUUGUGUCCAAAUGAGUAAGGUGCAGGUGUCCUUUGGGUAAUUUGGCCAAAAUGCGCUCAGGCACAUCUGGCUCAUCUGUAUCAUCGAAAUGCUUGACUGAAAUGAGCUCCAAGCCCAGGGAGUCGGCGAACCGAACCUUUUUCUGACUGGUUGGACUCCGGCUGCGGGAGAUCUCUAACUUGGCCCUCUCUGUGGGUGUGGGCAGAGACUUGCAUCUCCGACGCAGAUUUGGACUCUGUGGAGGCUUCAGGCAGAUCUCUCUUCCCCGUGGUCUCUCUUCCACCACCGGGCUCUCGAUAUCACCAUGAAUCCCAUGAGUUAAUUACAUAAUGUCGACUAUAAAAGAAGUGGAUACCACAUCCGUGAAUGGAUCAGACAAGGAUCUUUCAACACAGGGGGAGGCAGUGGGCGAGCAGACACCAGAAAGGAGACAUGCUGAUGCCCUUCUAGAUUUGAGUGAAGAGUUCUUCAUGAACGAACUGGAGCCCCAUGAGUAUCAUUGUUACUCCGGUUGGGAAGAAGCUGUUCAUGGUUGGGCCAGAGUUGCUCCACUGAGCUGCAUACUUUUGAAUCAGAAGAGCUACAAGAAACCGAAGCAUAAGGAGGCUGAAACCCCGACCCCCUUGUAUGUUGACCCAACAAACCCUAAAGAGGACAGCUCAGCCCGCAUUGCUGAGCAACGCUGUGAGUCUGAAGAGGGCCUGCAUAACAGCAUUAAGAAGUCCAUGUCAUUAAACCUACACACGCAUCAGCCUACGGGAUACUGGAUUAACACUGCUGCUUCAGCUCUGCAGAAAGACGCUUCAGAUUGGCCUGUCCCCAAUGCAAUGCAGGACACUAUGUCUAAUUUCUUACACAAAGAGAUGACAGAAAAGGAAGGGAGGCGCAGAGAGACCCCUAUGCAGCAUCACCAUCUACCCUCAAAACACCCGGAGAACAGGCACACUAAGCCUCAAAAACACAGACAAAGGCCAAACAAUAUGGUGGUUCCCAUUAAAAACUUCACAUUUUUACCACCCAUUAUAUCACCACAUCUGAAUUCUCCAAAAGUCAGUGGCCGGACCUGCAGUUGCAAGAAGGCCCCAGAAGGAGAAAUCACAGAGGAAAACUUUUCGAUGUUUGAUAAGAGAAGCGGGACAAGUCGAUCAAGAAUGGACCGUGUGGCUAACCCUGAGCUUCCUGCUAACUCUGCAGCGCUGACCUCCAAGUACCGGACAUGUCAGCACAAACCCCACUUGUUCUCUGCUGUGAGUGUCUCUAUCCCCAGGAGGUAUCAAGUACCGGUGUCUUCCAAACCUGACACAGCGCACCGCACUAGCUACUCAAUGGGAAAGAGCCUCACAAAGGCCCUCCACCCAGGUACUGCAGGUGCACAAGCCCAUAUGCACACUGGCAAGACUGUGUGUAUGUAAUGUGCAAUUCAGGUCUAAUCAAGUAAAAACAACCCGUCUUAUCUAAUGUGUAUCAUGCAUGUUUUAGCCUCACCACCACAUACAAUGUUCACAUCAACAUUUUAGGAAUAUAUAUCAAGGUAUGAGACAUCAAACUCAUUGCAGGGAAUGUAGUACAACAUACUAUCAAUACAGAAGACAGUCAAUUAUUCUGAAAAUAAUUUGGAUGAUUUUUUAAAAGAUAGAGGAAACAGCUAUGGGUAGGGAAAACAAAAAGUGCAGUCAUAGGUAACAUUGGCAUGAGAGAUCAGCAAAAGGCCCACGCCUUUAAAUGUUAAGCUUGUUAUGUGCUUUAGACCUUUAUUUUGUCCUGAACAGUUCCCAUAAGUGCUCAUUAAGCCAUUCUAGUUACCUAGCAACUGUGUAACUACUUCAUACGAAACAUGGCAGUGUGUUUGUUUCAGACUUUCUACUAUUUCAUCCUCAGCCACCUAGGUCAAAACCAGCAAACUGUGACACAGUAGCUUUGGACUUUUUGUGAUGAUGAUGAUAUAACCCGUUGCCAAACUGCAUGUGCUCUAUCAAAUGUGAUUGUAUUUAGUUUUAUAACAGUCUGUGUGUUAGGAUUCCUGGUAAUUGUGGAUGGAAUCUGGGUUAUGUAAUACACGGGUUAUCAGUGCUGCACUAUGCUGGAUCCAUAAUCAGACUACAGUAUGUCACGUUGGUCUCCAAAGGACAGCCAAUUACUGCAACAUGAUUUACAACUGGGAUGAUCUUGUCACUUUGUUUUUGUUUUUUACUACCUCGUUGUAUAGCUGCCCUGUUAAAUAAAACGCGAUCCACAAUCCACUCAGUGGUAUUGUUUUAUAAUACAAAGACCUGCGGCGUUAACUUACUAGACCAAACUUUUGUCGAACCUAAAUGUGCAUGCGAAAUUAAAUUGUGACUUUAAACAUUUGUAAGGAGUUGCACAAGCCUGGACUCAAGGAGAAAAGAUCAAGGAAAAAAUAUUACAUUUCAGUUAAGUACAGGGAAGCAAAAUGUAUUGCACACAUAUCACAACAUCAGUUUGUUUUUGUACCGUGCUAAACAAAAAAAAAGGUGAAGGUUUAGCAAACAAGCCGACUGAUAUGGGUGAGUGAAAGUGUUUGUACUGAUCCUGGACGAUUGCAAUUGUUUUCCUCUUCCACCUUUGUCUUAUAAAAAAAGUCAUAAGUACCACAAUGUACACUUUCCAGCAUUUUAUUUAGAACAUCUGUAGUGUAGCAUCAACAAUUAAUCAAGGCAACCAUUAGCACUACACAUAUAGGCAACAGAAACGUAAAU